UCUUUACAAGAAGAUUAAAAAUGAUGUCAGAAAAUGAAUCCAAUCCAAAUGAAUUCACUGUACAAGGUUUUUCAGACUUACCACAUCUUCAGUUUCCUCUUUUUAUAACAUUUUUAUCAGUUUAUCUCAUCAUUAUCUUCAGUAAUCUUCUCAUUUUUACAUCUAUAGUUUUGUUCUCUCAUUUACACACACCCAUGUACAUCUUCUUGUGUAACCUAUCAGUCAUUGAUAUCUCAUACUCAUCAACCAUUCUACCCAAACUGUUGGCCAUGCUCCUCACGCAGUGUAAGUCCAUAUCCUUUCUAGAGUGCUUUAUUCAGGUGUAUUUUUUCAUGUGCUUUGCUUGUACAGAGGUCUUACUACUGGCUGCAAUGGCUUAUGAUCGCUAUGUAGCAAUCUGUCACCCUCUUCAUUACUCAAUUCUUAUGAAUCCAACGCACUGUGCUCGACUAGUACUUGCAGUGUGGGUCAUGGGUUUACUCGAUCCUGUUGCACAUGCUAUUUUAAUUGCAAAUUUUUCAUAUUGUCGUUCACACCAUAUUGACCACAUUUUCUGUGAUUUAACCCCAUUGCUUAAACUUACCUGUAGUGAUACAUUUACUAUCGAGAUAUGGAACUACAUUGAUGGGGCUCUGCUGACUGUAAGUGCAUUUAUACUUACUUUGAUAUCUUAUGUGUUUAUUAUCUCUACUAUUCUAAAUAUACAAUCAGCAAGUGGUCGACAUAAAGCUUUUUCUACCUGUGCCUCUCACAUGACCUGUGUUAUCAUCUAUUAUGGAACAAUGAUCUGUUUGUAUAUGAGACCAACAUCUAUGUAUUCUCCAGGAGAGGACAAGUUUUUUGCCCUUUUAUAUAUCAUACUUAUUCCAAUGUUAAAUCCUCUUCUUUACACCCUGAAGAAUAAAGACUUUAAACAUGUUUUUAAAAAGAUUAAUAAAACAUUGUUUGGUUCUGAGCUAUAUUUUAAAGAUGUCCAAUAA